AUGGCCAAUAGCUUCUUCUGGAUUGCACUCUUACUUGCAAGUUUUUCUUCUUCCCCAGUCCUAAUGGAUCCUGUUGGGGACUAUAUCCCUGUGCCCAAAGAAGUCCAUCAAAUCACAGACUUCUUAACUUCUGCAGUUCUGGACCCAAAUUUUUCUGGAUAUUCUGGAGCUGAGGCCACACUGAUGGAAAUAAUUCCGGAGGAUGCAAAAAUCCGUGUAGAUGGGGUUGACAUGAAUCGGGAAGACUUUAUUGAGCGUGCAAUGGAUGAUGAUUAUCGCGCCAUAAACAAAAUGAUCAAGGACAGCGAGACCCAACAUCAUGAUACAAUUCUGAUCAUGCAGAAAGAGCAGGGUGAUCCCGUCAAGACUGAAUUCAAUGUGCUUUUCAAGCGUCAAGGCACUAGGGGAAACGGGGAGGGAACACAACCAGUUUACAAGCUCACCAAGGUUUCUCUGCGCAUGUUAUAA